AUGUCCACCAGGAGAGCAUCGCGUUCUUCGCAGCCAUCAAGUGUUGCCGGUAUGAGCGAUGAACAGAUAUCUGACCUCUUGUCCAAGUUACGACAGCUCAUUCCUCAGCUCCGCACCAACCACACAGAUAAGGUAUCAGCAUCAAAGCUGCUGCAAGAGACAUGCAACUACAUCAGAAGCUUGCACAGAGAAGUGGAUGAUCUGAGCGACCAGCUCUCGCAGCUUUUGGCUUCGACCGACAGAGACAGCGAUCAAGCGGCCAUCAUCAGGAGUCUACUUCUAUGA